ACCUGGAAGGCCGAUCUAGUGUCCACUGUCGAGUGAGGUCCUCCUCCGUAAAACUACGGCCGUCUACCGAACCCCGUAUUCCUCAUUAGAGAAACAUUCGUAAAAAGGCCAAAAAGGAAAGUGGGAAAAGCGUGAAAAGCCGGGGCCGAACUGGGAAAUCGAACGGCGCUCCGUUGCGGCCGCGUCCCCGGUGGGUGGAGCCGAGGGUGCUGCCGUCCGUGUUCAGAACCGCUCGCCGCCAGAGGCCAGAGCCAGUCGUCGGGGUCACCUUGCGUUAGUCGGCAACGCCACCCUUUCAGCAGACAAACCGUGUCUGUGUAGCACAGUUUGAACAGUUUACACUUUAUUUUGUGUUCUUGGUGCUUUCAACGAUCAUCACCAACAAGAAAAUCACUAUUUCCAGUCCAACCCCCUGGAGGGUUCCCCCAAGGAGGGUGUCCCACAGUGCCAAGAUUAAAGGAUUUAGAGGAAUCAUAGCCCGAGGAGCUGAAAAAUGCUGUUGAAAAGAAAGAAAUCGUUGAAUUAUGUGUAGCAGUGUAAAGGAGGGCGAAGAGAGAAAGAUGGUGCUCUUCGGAGAUUUCCAUCUCUCUUGAACUAGGUGAUUGAGUCGUUGAGCAGGGGAAAACAAAAAUUAACAAUGGUUGACUGUGAGGGCGUUUCGCUUGGCUCAAGCUGUGCCAAACUUCCGCAUUCGCACUCAGCCGAGAUUUCUAAGACACCACCGCCUGGGGGGCCAAAAAACGCUGGCAAAAUGCUAGCCCUUAGGGUUGUAAUGCUGGAUGAUAAUAUUACUCUUUUUCAAGUUCAGGCUAAAGCACUCGGCAGAGUACUGUUCGAGCAGGUAUGUAAACAAUUAAAUCUUCUUGAAGCGGAUUAUUUUGGGCUCGAAUAUCAAGAUCAUAGCGGCACAAGGUAUUGGUUGGACUUGGAAAAACAAUUAAGCAGACAAGUUGGCCUUACACUUGUUGAGCCUCUAUUGCAUUUUUGUGUGAAAUUUUACACCCCUGAUCCGGCUCAACUAGAAGAAGAGUAUACACGGUAUCUCUUUUGUUUACAAAUCAAAAGAGAUCUUGCUCAGGGGCACAUUCAAUGCAAUGAUAAUACUGCUGCCUUAAUGGCCUCUUACAUUGUACAAGCUGAAUGUGGGGAUUACAAUGCUGACGAUUAUCCAGACGCCAGUUACCUGUCAACGUAUAAAUUUGUGCAACAUCAGGACAGAGAGCUGGAAAAAAAGAUCAUGGAAAAUCAUAAAAAACACAUAGGUCAACCCCCAGCCGAAGCUGAUUUAAACUUGCUAGAAACAGCAAGAAGGUGUGAACUUUACGGCAUGAAAAUGCAUCCAGUGAAAGAUCAUGAAGGAGUCCCAUUAAAUUUGGCUGUAGCUCAUAUGGGCAUCAUUGUCUUCCAAAGUUAUACAAAAAUUUAUACAUUUUCAUGGGCCAAAAUUAGAAAAAUUUCAUUCAAAAGGAGAAAGUUUCUCAUCAAAUUGCACCCAGAUGGCUAUGGCUAUUAUAAAGACACAGUCGAAUUUUUCUUCGAGAGUCGCAAUGAAUGUAAAAACCUAUGGAAAAAAUGUGUAGAAAAUCAUGGCUUUUUCAGGUGCAAUUCUGUUAAAAGAGUUCCGAGGCAGAGGACGAGAGUUUUAAGUAGGGGAAGUUCAUUUAGGUACAGCGGAAAGACACAAAAACAGAUGGUGGAAUUUGUACGUGAGAACUAUGUCAAGAGGCAAAAUUUUCAAAGGUCUCAAUCAUUCAGACAAUCUAGUUCAGUACAUUCGUCUGUUGCGACUAAUGUCGGAGGCAGCAUAUCUGCUCAUCCUUUAAUCCCUCUUGGAGACAACAGUAUAGUGUCAGUGUCGUGCGGGUCGAUGGUCCUUGUGGGGGAGGAUUCUCCGAGCCUGACUUAUCGUGUGGAUCAGAUGACUCACAGACAUUCCAACCACAGUCGGCUCCUCCCCCAGCCCCCUCAUCAGGAGCAGCAGGGCGGCCAGGGUACUACCACCACGGCGGCUACCACCACCUUCAUACCCAGCACGAGCACAGUUGUAUUGGAAAAAUCAUCAUCACCAGAGCUUGAGGACGUUACAAGGCGUAACAACAACAAUGUACAAGAAAACGUUUAUACAUCGACUCCGAAAAUGAACGGAGGGCCUAAUGGCCAUUUUGGAGAGCUGGCAUCGCCCGAAUUGAGUCCUAUGAAGUUUAAGGAAGAUCGUUCAAAAGAAGGGCUUGAUACAAUAGAUGGUGAAAUGAAGAAAAAGAGAUAUUCCCUCGACAAGGGCCAUUUUAUUGGAAAAGAAAUUCUUAUGACAGAGAGAACUUACAGGAAAGAUUUAGAAGUUAUAAACUUGUGGUUAAGAGAUGAAUUUUCCAAAUAUGAUGAUAAAAGUUCCAUCACACAUUUGCUGAAUAUAAUUGAUCCGUUGCACGAUGCCCAUUGUCAUCUUUUGAAAGAAAUUGAAGUCAGUAUGGCGGCAACUGAAAGGGGAACGACUCACCAUCGAGUUACUGAUAUAAUUUUAAAAACACUGGAAUACCUUCCGCUUUAUGAAGAGUACAUACAGGAGCACCAGAAUGUUCUUAAAGGGCUUAGUCAGGAUCUGACCAGAGAGGACUUUGAGCGUGUUUACACUGACUUUGAGAAAAAUAAAAUGUGCUAUCUUCCACUUACACUUUUUAUUCUUAAACCAAUUCAGAGAUUGAUUCAUUAUGCGCAAUUGACUGAUCGACUUCUUAAAUUUUUUGGACCUGACCAUAGCGACUAUGCCGACUGCGAAAUAGCAAGGAAUAAAUUUUCCGAGUUAGCUGUUGUUGCAAAUAAAGCUCUUCAAGAAUCCGAGAAUUACGUACAGCUUGUGGAAUUGGGCAGAGAUGUAACAGGUUUUGAAGGUGUUCUAACAGAAGGCGACCGUAAAUUCAUUCGACAUGGGCGUUUAGGAAAAUUUUCACAAAGACGGGGGACGCAGCAAAGGAUGUUUGUUUUACUUUCAGACAUGCUUGUGUACAGCAAACGUUAUGGCCAAAAUUUCAAAGUCCAUGGACAAAUGUCCUUAAAAGCCCUUAGAAUUGAAGAUAGGGUUGACAAUCCUACUCCGAAUUCUUUUAUUAUAUUUUCAGGAGAUAGACCGAUAACAGUUUCAGCUGAAAGUCAAGAGGAGAAAGACAAAUGGUUAGAGGAUCUUUCCCAAGCAAUUGAUGUAGCAAGAAGCGACAAGAACCCUUCCUCACCAAUUUUCACUUUAAAAUGCUCAAAUUCCUCAGAUGAUUUAAAUGACAAGCAAGAAGAUGAUAAAAGCGCUGUUACACCACAAAGAAGUAACACAACAAUUCAUGUCUGUUGGCACCGAUAUACUAGCAUCAGCCUCAAUGAUCUUGUCAGAGCUGCUCAGAACCAGCUCAGUGGUUAUUUAUUAAGAAAAUUCAAGAACAGUAAUGGUUGGCAGAAGCUUUGGGUUGUCUUUACAAACUUUUGCUUGUUUUUUUAUAAAACAUUCCAGGAUGAAGCGCCAUUGGCUAGUCUGCCUCUAUUAGGCUAUUGCGUGACAACGCCUUCUGAAAAAGAUCAGAUACAGAAGGAUUUUGUUUUCAAACUGCAGUUCAAGAAUCAUGUAUAUUUCUUCAGAGCAGAAAGUGAAUACACAUUUGGAAGGUGGAUGGAAGUAAUUGGAAGUGCAACACAACAUUCCGGGAGGCUAAGACUUUUCAGUAGAAAAGAAAGUACGUUGGAGCAUAAAAUUGGCCAAGAGCCUUUGUAUUCAUAUCAGAGACUUUAAAUGCUUUGCUCACUUUAUUUUUGGGUUUUGUAACCACUUUAUAGAUUAACCAGUUAUUGACAAUUUUUUUUUUUUUUUCAAAUCUGUAAAUAAUUUGGACAGAUGAUUUGUAUAUAAUGAAUACGGUAUAAUUGAGAUGAGAAUUGACUUAUUUUUCUAUAAUACUAGUUAUGUGCAUUAUUAUUUUUGUUAGGCUAACAAACUUUUAAAAUUUGGAAGUACAUAUUUUGCAUUAAUCAUUUAUGAUUUAAUGCAAUAGUUCAUUCAUUUUGUUAUUCAUUAAUUUUUAUAAAGUGAAAACCAAAGAAACCCCACAGAGAAUCUCUGUCGCCAAAUACAUUUUGAACGCCAAUAAAUUAAGAUCAAUUAUGAAAUUAAUAUUUUACAAUCGAGUGAUAAAUUUUUUUUCUUGCCAGAAAUUUGUGUAUGUACCUUUUGUACUCAUUUUGUAAACUAAAAAUUACCUCAAUCAGCUAUAAACUCAACGACACAUUUAAUAACAUGUUAUGGCUGUAAAAUGUUAUAUGUAAUUAUCGAUAUAUUGGGUCAUUAUGUUAGUAAAGGGAGAGGGUGCACGGUUGUUAAAUUAGAAUGUUAUAUUGAAAUUUCUUAUUCUGAUUUUAUUAUUUUAACAUUUAAAUGUCAUAAAUGCUAAUGAGGUUAAAUAUGACAAAAUGAAAUCUCCCUUUAUGUCAAUUGUAGUUUAUUAACAUUGUUUUGUUUAUUGUUAUAUCCUUUAGUAUUACUUGGCUAUUCAAAUAUAAUCAUUGUUUGACAGUA